UGAAACGCGCGGUAUUUUGAAUAAGUCAAAAACAAACAGCAGCGAGCUUUACUUUCGAUAUCUCCUAGUUAAACGCCGUCCACACCGCAAACAUGUCAAAGAAAGCACCGAGAGCAGCCCUAAAGCACCACAUGAAGAAGAAUGCCAGUAUACGGAUUGGGAAAAACGCGGACUUGAUGGCUCAGCUCAACCUCCUGAUCGUCCUGCAUCGUCUAGCGGAGGAGUGCAGGGUGAAAGCUUUUGAGGAGAAAUCAGCAACCAUCAAAACUCACCAUGUCCGAGCUGUUGCAAAGAAACUCUUAAAGAGCACACGUGGAUAAUAUGGAUGACUGAAACUUCCCAUCACAUCCCUUUGUUUGAUCAACAGCCCUGAGCCUGUUUCCAAAUAUUUACUUUAAACUUUAUUUUCUGUGAGCUAUUAUAUCUGGGACCGUCAAAGAUUUAAUUCUAUUAUUUCCUUAGGACUUUUUGAGCUUACUGUGGAAUUUGCAUUUUCUUGUUCCAAUUUUGGGUCCGCUAUCAGCAAGAGAUCCAUGAAGACUGUUGAACCUGUGUAAACAGUGGAUGAUGGACAGUAUCUAGCCCAGAUAUCUAAAGCAACACAUGUGUCCUUCAUCUCUUUGGAUCGUAUUAUGAUUAAUACCUGUAAAUAAACAAUUUGUACCACUUAACUUGGGUAGCACGCAGCUGAGUAACCGUGCAGUGUUUCUUUCCAUGCUCUCUAAAGCAACAAGAUAUUUGGCGCUCAGCCAUCGACAACAUUGCAACCAUUAUCUGUGGCUUGCUCACGAAAGGAGGUUUUUAGCGGGAAACUUCUAUCAGAUGAUAUUUUGCUCUUUCUUGUUGACUCAGUAUCAAAUGGAUGUCUUUUAACAAGGAGGUAUUUUUUGAUUUCAGAUUCAAUCACUGCUGUUAGAGCUGUAACAAAAUACAUGGGUAAAUCUAAUAAAAUAUGUGUUAAGAUCA